ACAGAAAGUUUGGAGCCAUGGCUGACGGACGAGAAGAGGAGAAGAGAGAAGGCCAGGAGCUAAUGGGCGCAGUGGGAGGGGAAGAUGUCAUUGAUGACCCCAUCGUGGAUCUGGCUGCAGUGCUCCUCAGAGGGUAUGUGAUUGAACGUAUAAAGGCUGAGGAGCCCGGUCGACACGUGUCGCCUGAGGAUCUGGGAGGAAGGUCGAGUGAACAACAGGAUCCACAAGUCAAAGAAGUGGUGGAACAGCUGCUAAAGAUCGCUGAUGAGCUGAACAGGAACGCCGAGCUCCAACAACUCAUCAACCAGGUUCCAGUCAACUGUGCCCGGGGUAUCUUCAUGAAGGUGGCCAGAAACAUCUUUGCUGAUUGCAUCAACUGGGGUCGUGUGGGGGCUUUCUUCCAUCUGGCCUACAGACUCAUCUACAAGGCAAUAACCAGCAACCAUGAAGAGAACAUCAAAAUCAUCUUCAGCUGGUUUCUUCAGGUCAUCAGAGAGCAGCUCCACACCUGGCUCGUACAGCAGGGAGGCUGGGUGAGUGAUGGAUGGUCUGUAAGGACCUGUCAGUCAUGUGCUUAAUUCAU